AUGCCCUGGGCCCUUGGUGCUUCUAUACACGAUGUACUCCCUGCCAAAACAAGAAGCGCUUCCAGCCUUGCCAUUGGGAAAUUGGGUCAUGGCCGGCAUACGAUCCAUUACAUCUACCGCUCUGUUAUCUACGCUGCUUUGAGCCCGAGCAUCGCUCCAAUGCAUCCAUUUCCAUGGGCUUUUGCUGUUCUCUUCAAUGUCACCAACGGAAUCAGUAUUGGCGGCUGGCUUGGUGGUUUCGGCCCGACUCAGGAUAAAGACUGGUUCGGCUCUGCUUUAAGGCUUGAGCUGGGGAUGAUGAUAUGGGCUUUGGGCUUCGUUGCCAACAUGUGGCACGACGACGAGCUUCGUGAGAUCAGGAGAGCUGCAGCAGCUAAGAUUGAGGGCAGACAGAAGGAAAAGGGAGAAUCCGAGAAGAAGGGAGGAAUGGGUGUGGAUAAGGUCUACAUGAUGCCCGAGAAUGGGCUAUUCCAUAUCGUUCUCUAUCCACAUUACUUCACAGAAUGGAUCGAGUGGUGUGGAUUUUGGGUGGUGGGAGGGUGGGAUUGUGUGCCAGCAGCAAUCUUUGUUAUGAAUGAGGUUGCAACCAUGUUGCCGAGAGCAAUUCAGGGGAAGCAAUGGUAUCUGAAAAGAUUUGGCGCAGAAAAAGUAGGCGCGAGGAACGCUGUAAUUCCGUGGUUGAUAUGA